AGCACUAGCCCAGGCUGCCCAGAGAGCUGUGGGUGCCCCAUCCCUGGACGUGUCCAAAGCCAGACUGGAUGGGGCUCAGAGCAGCCUGCUUCGCUAUGUGACAAACUUGCCCACAGCAGGGGUUGGAAUUGGAUGAUCUUCAAUUCCUUUUCAACCCAAGACAUUCUGUCAUUUUUCAGCAAUAAAAAAACCAAGAGAUUAAAUGAUGUUCUAAUUUACACAGUGUAAAAUGGGAGAAAGUCUACUGACUGGAGUAGAAUUAUGUUGGUUUUGCACCCCACUUUGAGCCAUAAGUAGCUCAAGAAGAUAGGAAUUCUCUACUGGAAAACACAUCUAUGGGCCUUUACAAUACAGAACUACUGUACUACAGUUUUACUGAGUUUUGUUCCACUGGCCUUUGUAAGGUCUCCAAUGGCUAUUUGCCUCUCAGAGCAUCUCACAUGGAAGGUACAGGAUCAGGAAUCCAAGCAGUGUGUUACUGGAUUAGAAUAUUUGUCAGGUAAGGAGCAACUUAGGUUCUUCCCUUCCCACAAAAGUAGACACACUCACUAAAACUGUCCCGCUUUAUUUUGGAUUUAUGGUUGAGUUAAAAGGCAGGGAGUUAUGUCAUGUAGAAACCUGCUCAGUUUAUCAGUCCUCCAGUAUUUUAUAGUGGAGUAUUAUAAAGGUAGGGAACUAAAACAUUACAGGCAGGGCUAAACUGACUUAGUAUGUGAGCAUGCUAUACAAAUAUACAUACAUUGAUUUGUGCGUGCCAUUUUCCUCUUUCUAUUGGACAUCUUGCUCUGUCACAAGCCCUAACCCAGUAAGAACUACUCUUCAAGAGCCAAAGCAACCUCCUCUAAGUGGAAACUACUGUACAAUAUAAAGUUCAUCUCCUUAUGAGAACACGCAAGGCUCAGAGUAGUCAUUCCCUGAAACCCUGAAACAGCCAUUCUUCUGGGCCUUGGUGGUUCAAAUCGGAUGCUCUCUCCGAGCUUUGAGAUCUCACUUGUCAACUCACAGGUUGAUUGCAUUAGAUGCAUCUCUUCAGUUCUUUUUUUCCAGAUACCAUUCUGAAAUAAUUGCAAACAGUUACUAAAAUCACGAACUGCAGCCAUACAAAAAAAAAAUUCCAGGAAACUCACAUCAUACAAGAGGAAACUGUUGCAACUGCACUUUUGAAGGGUCACAGAUAGAUGAAUGCGAGCUGCAGCUCAGGGCAGAACAAACUUUCCCUCUUACUCUGUAUCUACUCAGUCUGACAGAUGCUAUGGAUGGUAUCACAAACGUUGGGAGUUCUAAAAUAUACACACAGGCAUUUCACACUGAGUUAUAGCUAAGUAAAAUGAAAUAGUCAAAUGACUAAAAUGGACAGCUAAGGCAGAAAGCUGACAAAUAGCUUCUAACCAGGUCCAGAUGCUUUUUCUUUCUGCAUAAUUUGAAGUCUAACAUUUCCAGACACGACAUACAGUUCAGCUCUUUUCCCUCCAGCCUGAACUUGCAUGCUGGAACCACACAUUAUGCUAAUGAUCUCCAAGGACCUAGCACUGCUGUUGCUUAGGAACAAAAGUUUUACAGGCUACAGACAGAGAACUGAGCAGAGGCACUGUAGCCAGGGAAGUCCUUUUUCAACUCUUCUUCCCCUCAGUAAACUCAUAUACACAAUAGUUUCUUGAAGGCCUGCCAUUUUCCUUCAAGGAAGUCCAAUUAAAAAUUUACAGGCCUCUGAAAAGGAAAUUGUCCUGUGUUCCCCUGCUUUACCAACCGAAAGACAAAUUUAUUUCUCACAGAAGAGCAGACCAGAGGAAAACUGCACGGUAACAGACCAUGAAGGCUCAUCUCACAUUGCUGAAAGAAAGCAGCAGCUUGUGACAUCGGUACCACGGCUUUUAAGACUUCCUUUCUGCUAGCUGGUAAGAUCUUAAGCAGGGGGGCAGCAGAAUUGCUGAGAUGAGGCAGUACUUCUGUAUAUCCUUGGUGGGGUGGGUUUUGGUUUUAUAAGUGACCUUGCACAUGUUGAUAGCACAGAAACAAUCUAAAGAAGUAAGAAAAUUAAAGAAGGAAAAUGCUCAGUAUAUAUAUGUUCCUGUUAGGAUUUAGCUUCAAACAACCUGUUAGCAAGAGACUGCAUCUAAAAUAGUCAGGGAAUUAAUCUCUCUUCCACAAUAGGUUGUAUCCAACAACAAACAAAUGGUAACAGGAUUAUAAGCAGGGAAAUAAAAUGGUCCUCUAGUUGAAACUGGUUGGCUUCAUGCAAGAUCAUUUGCUGUAUGAAAGCUGUUUUAAAUUGGAAUGUGAAAUGGUUUCUUUUGAGCCAGAACAUGUUGCCUCACUGUCCUGAUCCCAGAGAGGCUCUGCUGGACUGGGCAGGCCUGCUGCUCUGCAACAUGCAAACUUCCAGGAGAGAGAGACAACAAACUCUUCCACAUGCAAGUUCAAGAUGGAAUUGAGAUGACUCUGUAUAGUUUUGUUUGCAGUGAAGUAGGAAGCAGCAACCCACAGUAGGAAAAGAACAGGGAGAAUCCCAGAGGAAAUCCUGAAGCACCCAAGACAGUGUGGGCAGAAAGCCCAUCUCUUCCUGCCAGCACUAUGCUGAGGAAGGAAAAAGAAAUGCUGAGCCUGCACCAGGGUCCAAAUCUGCAUUCUUCUAGCACUGGAUCUGCUUCCUAGGACAGGCCUAAACUGCAAUGGGUCAUGGCAGGGUCCUGUGCAAGUAAGGAGUAAUCUGCAAGCCUUCCUUGGCUCACAACCCUAGUCUUCAUGGUCUAGUCUUCAAUCAACUAGAAAUGCAGCAUCUUGUCCAAGGGCAAAGGCUUCCCAGCAGCUCAGAGGGUGAAGGGUUAAAGUCAAAUGCAAGUGAAGUUCCUGUUUGGCACCGUUGUUUCUUAGGCAGUGGGGUAUACACAUACCUCUUUCUCUACUACCACCAGAGAUGCACUGUGAGCUGGAGAUCAAAUGGGCAUAAUUAAUAUUUACAGCAAGGAGGGCUCCUGUGAUUCCUGAAUUUUUAAUAUCAGUGGCUACAGAACUGAAUCCCUCUUACACAAAGCUGAAGAAAAUGAGACACGGCUAAGUAAGCUCCAUUAUCUCCAGCUACAACCCUGCAAAACAUUGAUAAUUAGCAUACAGGCAUGCAGAGAUGAGAGCGCUAUUCAUGCUCUGCAAGCUGGCGUGCUGCAGUGGUGCUUCAGAACUCUAACGCUGAUCUUCGUCUCUGGGACUGAAUAUCACUUUUAAAAAAAGUUAUUUUAAAACCUGGAUCCCACUUUUAACCCAAAACAAACAGCCCCUCAAUAGUGUGAGCACACCUCCUGGAAACGUUUACCUGAGCACGACAGAGAGGUAGAAUCCAAGGUAAGAUUUUAAAAAAUCCAACUAAAGUGAACUGUCCAGGGUGGUUUGAAAUCCAUGAAAGCCAUUAUCCAGUGCCUCAUAUUAAGUGGUCUGUCUUCAGGAAAAUUGCUAACCUGUUUGGACUUGUACAACUCUGAAAGACCUAGGUUUAAUAUAUAUAUUUUUUUAACAAGUCAGUAAGGGUCAUUGGUGGAGAAGUACCUCAAAGAUUAAACUAAGCUCUUAUUCCUGACCAGCCUUCCUCCAGCACUCAGAUGUCCACACCAGGCUCCCUCUAGUGUUCCCAGGUGUACACAGCACAGAGUAACAGCAGCUCUGGGAACCAGCACUAACAGAAUAAAAGUUUCCAGUCUAUACUAUGAAAGAAAUAGCACUGAUACUGCUCCUGGAGAAGUAAUUUAAAUAUAGAAAAGGGAAUUAACAGUCACUGCUUUCAAAGGCUGGGGCUCCCCACUUCUUCCAGAGUUUGGUGUGUUUGUCUGUCUCUGAGGAAAGAUGGCCAAAGGAAAAGGUCCUAAAGGAAAAAAAAUUACGUUGAAAACUGCAAAAAAUUCCAUCAGAAUCUCUUUUGAUGGAGGUCGCCGUCUUGACUUAAGUAAGAUGGGUAUCACUACCUUUCCCAAAUGCAUUCUAAAAUUGGCUGACGUGGAUGAGCUUGAUUUGAGCAGAAACAUGCUAAAAAAGAUCCCAAACAGCAUUGAGAAGUUCCAGAAACUGCGCUGGCUGGACCUGCAUAGCAAUCAGCUUGAAGAGUUGCCUAAGACAGUAGGUACACUUCAGAAUCUUUUCUACCUGAAUAUAUGUAACAACAAGCUGACCAGCAAAAACCUGCCAGAGGAGUUGAACCUUCUAAAGAACCUGCGCAUUCUCAAUCUUGGCUUGAAUUGCCUUGACAGCAUCCCCCCCACACUUGGGGCCCUGAAGGAACUUAAGGAGUUAGGUCUCUUUGACAACUUAUUGACCACUAUCCCAAACAGUGUGAAAACGCUUCCCAAGCUCCAGAAACUGAAUGCAGAAAGAAACCCUUUCCCUGAGUCAAAAAAAGAAGAGUAUGUCGACCCCAUCAAGCGUGUAGAAUCGCUUUACUUAGUACAAGAGAAAGACCUAUGCUGUUCCUGCCUGAAGACCUGUCAGGAAGAAAGGGGCAAACUAAACAAAUUCAAGAAUACAAUGCCCUGCCCCUCCAAGAAACUCAGUUUCCCUUUACUCCUUACACCCAACUCCACUGCAAUGGAUAACCAAGAACAAUGGAGAUUAAAAGAUGAACAUCUCUGAAAUCUACAAGUGUGCUCCAUGGGCCAUGUCCUAUGAAAUCCAGCUCAAGCUAAUUAAAAAGCUAUCCACCUGC